CCCCCUCCCCCACCCCCACCUCCAUCGAAUCCCAACCACUUCACCGCCGCGUUCUUCCAUUGGAGCCUAGAAAAGGGCCAUUGAUCUCCUCUGCCCGCUACCAGAGAUCUAGCCGGGGCAACACUUCUUUUCUUGACACUUGUUGUAUGUGCUUGUGUGUGCUGAUUUCGGUGGUUUCCUGUGACUACGAGGGAAUCGAAGUUCUUCACAGCGAGGAUGCCUGGUCUAACUUUACCUAAUCAUGAUCCAGCGAACAAUGGAUGUGGAUGCAGUUACCCCAGGUCUGCAGACCAGACGUGCGGUCAGGAGUCAAGAGCUCAGUUAUCUCCAGAUGAGGAACUUACCCUAUACAUCAAACCAAUUGAGCUGUACAAUGUUAUUCAAAAUAGAGCCAUUAAAAAUCCCCCUUCCCUUCAAAGAUGCCUUCGUUAUAAGAUAGGCGCAAAACGGAAAAAGAGGAUACAGAUAUCGGUAUCAGUUUCUGGAAGCGCAAAUACUGAAUUGCCAUCACAUGGUAUCUUUCCUCUCCAUGCUCUGUUUGCUAGAGCCACCAGUAAUGAUUCACGUGAUGGGCAUUCUCCAGUGUAUCGGUUCAGCCGGGCUUGUCUACUGACUUCGUUUAGUGAAUCUGAAGAUAGUGACCACACUAAAGCCACAUUCACCAUCCCUGAUUUCAAGAGUUUAGCUACCUCCCAAGUUUGUAACCUUCACAUUAUCCUAAUUAGCUAUGGCCAAUGUGGACAAAAUCUUAGUGAAAACUUCUCAGAGAACCAUAUGGAGUAUUCUUCCCCUCAAAAGCUUGGAGGCCAAUGUUCCUGGGGUAAAAUACCAAUUGAUUUAUUCUGCUCAUCUCUUGAUACCGUAACUUUAAGUUUGGGGCGUACUAUGGAAUUGACUUCAGACAUAAGGAUGUGCCCAGGCUUCAUAGAACCAACAUUUCUUGAGCAUGGCAGUUGUUUUACAUUUUGUUCUCGAAAAGCAGAUGCUACAGGUUCAUAUGAACUACAAGCAAGGAUAGAUGCACAAGAGGCUGGUGCAAUAGGCAUGAAUUCAUCUCGUUAUAACAGUUACUCAUAUGACAAUGUCCCACCUUCGUCAUUACCACAUAUCAUAAGGUUAAGAACAGGCAAUGUGCUCUUUAACUACAAUCACUGCAAUGAGAUCCUACAAAGCGAAGUUACAGAAGAUUUUUCUUGCUCCAUUUGCUUGGUAAAGUGUGGAAGCUUCAAGGGUCUGGAAUAUCAUUUAAUCUCAUCACAUGAGCUAUUCCACUUUGAGUUUGCGGUAUGUGAAAACCACCAAACUGUUAAUGUUCGUUUGAAGAUUGAUGAUACCAGGAGAGCGGAGCUUGUAAGUAGGGCAGGAGAAGAAGAUGAACGAAUCAAGAAAAUAUUUUUCUACCGAUCAAGGGUUAAGAAAAGGUGUAGAAGGUUAGAAACAACAGUCGAGAAGACCAAGCAUGUACAUACACAUAUCAUGGAACUAGGAUCACCUGGAAAGACUGUUCCUGCGGACAAUGAUAAUGUGGAACCAAGAUCACCAGAAAAUAUGGGUCAUGUACAUGCACAUACUCUGGAAGCAGGAUCAUCCAAAGAUGCCUAUAAAGGGUCUGGGGUGGAUUAUGUCCCGAACGAAAAUGGUACAUUUCAUAUCUUAUUGGCUCUUGGCAUAGGGAUUUCUGUGCCACAAUCUUCAAUUGAUUCUCAUCCCGCAUUACAUGGUAGCAAUCAUUCAACACCAGGAGUUCUAGAGUUUGGGAAGUCAAGGAAGCUCUCUGUUGAUCGAACUCACCCCAGAAAUCGUCUACUGCUGCAAAAACGUGAGUUCUUCCAUUCUCAGAAGGCGCAGAGAAUGGAACUAGAAGAGGUUUUGGCAGAUCAUGACAGUGAGGACGAAAUUGAUGAUGACAUCGCUGACUUUGAAGAUAUGACAUUGCUUGAUGGUUUUUCUGAUGUUACAAAAGACGAGAAGCAAAUUAUGCAUAUGUGGAAUUCAUUUGUUCGGAAACAAAGGGUACUUGCGGAUGCCCAUAUACCAUGGGCCUGUGAGGCAUUCUCCCAGCAUCAUGGACAAGAACUUGUGCACAACCCCGCUCUACGAUGGAGUUGGCGGUUCGUCAUGAUCAAGCUCUGGAACCACUCCCUGCUAGAUGCGCGCACCAUGGACACCUGCAACAAGUUUCUGGACGACCUGGAGAGCAAGAGCUCUGACCCCAAGCAAACCUGAUUCGUCGAAAGCAUUUCAUGGCCAACCUGAGGAGGGCUUUGCCAUCGACUGCCAUUCUUACGGUGGUGCGACAUGAAACAUUUUGAUUCCUGACGUCCUCGUUGACGAUAACAGAGUUACGGCUCGGCGAUACUGAUCUGUUAUUCUGGGAUAGGCCGUGUUGCGGAGUUUCGAGCUGUUGACAGAUUUUUUUUCAUGCGUUUCUUGAAACGCUUGUGAAUGUGGAACCCGAGCCGCGUGUUUGCGGAGACAAAAGAUUAGACCUGUUGUAGUAGGAUCAAACAAGGUAGAAGGCUGUGCACUGUUAUGAUUGCUUUCCAAAUGGAAGGUUAACUCUUAGAUUUUAAUGAGUUGGGGGCUGAUUUUGAGCAUGUGAAGUCACACAUUUUUUCUUC